AUGCGGUUACACGUCGUACCCGAUACGAUACAAAAAGGAGGAAAAGGGGAGAGCCUGGUUGGGGGGACCUUCAUAAGUGUCAAAGAGAACAAAGCAGAGGCGGCGGCGAGGCUGUUUAUCUGGCGACGCGUCACUCAAUACUUCCGCAGCACGGAUGGCGGGGAGAGGGACGGGGGCGGUUUGAUAAACAUACCAUGUCCACUGGGCCUGUUU